UUAAGAAAUGAGAAAAAAGUUUUUUUGUGGUGGUUAUGGUCGAGAUCAUGAUGGUGUGACAAAAAUAUUAAAAAUAUGGAUGACUGAAUUAUUGGGGGAGAGAGUGCCUUUCUUUCGUGUUCGUCGUGUCAAUGCGUACUUGUCGAUGCAGAAAAAAAUAAUUUUUAUGGGAAAGGGAAUUAACAAGGGGGAGAGUUUGUAAAAUCGAUUUGGCAAUUCUCAAGGGUAUAAUUUGGCAAAAGACUUUUAAUUUGUAUUU